CACGAAUUUAGCUAAACAAGGAAUCAAUUUGCAAUCAUAUAUUGUAUAAUUUACCGAUUGAUUCAUAUGUUCUAUAAUCUGUCCAUAAUGUAAUCUGAAUAUUUUACUCGCUUAUUUUUUCAAACAGAAAAUAAUUUAUUUGGUUGCUUAGAUUUUCUUUUUGUUCUGGCAAGGCAUAAGAUACGGUUAAUUAUCCUAAGCUAAAAAAAAACUUUUAAAAAUUUUACCUUCCCGGGAGGUUAUUUCAUACGGUCGUAUGUUCUCGGUUGAUAAGCCGGCUUUUGCCGGUCUAAGUGAACCUAAGUGAAAUUCUUAAUCGGCACGAAAUCGAAUUCACUUUUCAUCUAAACCCCUUAAAAUCUCACGGUGGUCAUGUGUGAGGUAUCGUAUGGGCUCACCAUUGAUUGCUAGUAGAGUGCUCUUAUGCAAAGUAAUUAGAAGCAAUAGAUUUUUAAUUUAAUUUAACACAUACAAUUAACUGAUAAGUACGCAUAAAUCAUAUGUUAGUUAUCUGUUUUACCGAUUUUAUUAAACAAAGAAGAGAUGUUCUUUCCUUCUUUUUGUUCUGUUUUUCCACUAAAUGAAACGUUCAAUAAAACCGCAUCACGUCUUUAAUAACCAAAGAUGUUUUUAAGACGCUUGUUUUCAUCAUUCGUUGAACCUCAACCAAGUGAUUUGAUUGGUUACAUACAACAAACACCACAAGUUUUAAAUCAAAGUUUUAAUAGCUCUACCGCCGGACUAGAGAGCUUGGCCUGGCUGCACAAUGUGGCACCUUGUUUCCCGUUAAGAAAUGAUCAAAUUCAGGUCAUACAAGAGCCGACACAUUUUUACGAUACCCUGGUGGAAAGAAUCUCAAUAGCGAAAAAUCGUAUCUUCUUGGCUAGUCUAUAUUUGGGUACAGGACAAUUGGAAAGUAAUUUCGUACAGAUACUUAGAAAAAGCUUGCAACAACAAUCAACGUUAAAAGUGAAUGUACUUUUGGAUUUUACGCGCGGUACUCGUGGAGAAAUAAAUUCCAAGACAAUGCUUAUGCCAUUAGUGAAAGAUUUCGGUGAGCAAAUGCAAUUAAGUCUGUAUCACACCCCUAAUCUAAGGGGCAUGACUAAACGUUGGAUACCUCCACGUUGGAAUGAGCUAUUAGGUUUGCAGCAUAUGAAAAUAUAUUUAUUCGACGAUGCUGUACUUAUAUCAGGAGCCAACCUGUCGAAUGAUUAUUUUACAAAUCGACAAGAUCGUUAUAUACUUAUUGAAGAUAAGGCUUUAGCGGAUUUCUAUGCAGAGUUCAUUUCCCGUGUGCAAGAAUUUAGUUUGGCAGUGCGUAAAGAUUCUGAGGUGGGUUUGCACCACAAAUGGAAAAUUUUACCAUACGAAGGCACAAAAGAAGAAUUCACGGAAAAAGCUAAGCAACGAAUCAUGGACUUAAUGCAAGAUGCCUAUAAAAAUCAGCAGAAAGCUUUAUCUAAUUGUGUAAAAGCUGACACGUGGAUAUUCCCAUUAAUAGAAAUGGGGCAAAUUGGGAUACAUCACGACAGCGUUGUGACGAAAAGACUGCUAUCGAACUGUGUGGCUGGUUCUCGUUUAAAACUAGCAACAGGCUAUUUUAAUUUAACCCAAGAAUACAUGGAUACCUUAACUCAUAAAUGUCUAGCGAAAUGUUCGAUAUUAAUGGCGCAUCCUAAUGCUAAUGGUUUUCAAGGAGCUCGAGGGCCAGCUGGCAGUAUUCCUACCGCUUAUUCUUUAAUAGCAAAAAGUUUCUAUGAAAGUUUGGUGCGUGGUCAACAAAAUCAUCGCGUCAACUUUUUCGAAUAUGAAAAACCGGGUUGGACUUAUCACGCGAAAGGGUUGUGGUAUUAUUUGCCCUGUUGUUCAUUGCCUAAUUUAACUUUAAUCGGUUCGUCGAAUUUCGGUGAGCGUUCCGUCAAUCGAGAUUUGGAGACACAAAUUUGUUUAAUAACGACUAGUCAGGAUCUAAGCGAACGUUUGCAAGCCGAAAACGAACGUCUUUUCAGUCUUUCCUCUACGGCUGAGCGUCAAAUAACCACUCGACCUGUUCCAACAUGGGUGCAGGCUGUGGUGAGAAUAUUUCGAAAUUUCUUUUGAAUGUUCCUUCUAAACAGGCUUAAAUAAGACAGUUUUAAAUUUAAGUGCGAAAUGAAGGGUUAAUCGCCAUUUCUUGCUGUAAUAUAUAUAUAUAUGUAUAUUUCCGUAUACCUACCAUUUUUUGUGUUUUGUGCCAUUAGUUAUAGUGCCUUUUUUUGUGAAUAACUUGAUUUGAUGCCAAAUGGAGUAUGUGAAACAGUUUUAUGUACUUCCAUUAAAUUUUGUGUUUUCGAAGCUAUUGUAGUUUUUCAUAAACGGUAUAAAUUUUAGCAGAUCUUUACUUUGUUCUUUAAUUAAAUGCAGAAAAAUGUUGGAAAUUGGUAUUAUAAAUAAUAAGAUGUAGAAGCUGUCAUGGGAGAGUUAAAUUUUUGCAACACAUGUUUUUUUUGCAAGGGUUUUCUCUGAAAUAUUGAAGUUGUUUAUAAAUACUCUCAAUAGUGAAUUAAGUAAACGUGGGCUACAUUACAAUUAAAAGUCUUGUACGCACAUUUUUAUAUAAACGCACAUUCUUAGUUAAAGUAUAAACUUUAAGGAUAUUUAAAAAAGCAAAUUGAAUUUUAUAUCAUCAGUAUAAUCGGGUCAUACAUCUUCACGUUAAUAUAAACUUUUAAUGAAUGCUAAACUGCACUGAACAAACUUCACAUUAAAAGAUGCGUUUACCUAUACAUUUAUGUCCAAAAACAAAAGUAUUUUAAUAUUGUAAACCCAAAUGCAAUUUGAAACUUUUAAAACACAUCGAAUAUAUAAUGUAUAAUAUCUGAAAUCAUAAUUUUUACUGUUUGUCGGCAAUUUACUGCUAACGGUGCUAGCUGUAAAUAACAUGGAAAAAUCAUACUAAUAGCACAUUCAGCAGGAAAUGAAAACCCACUCGAUGAGAGCAAGCAAAAAAUUAUUUGAAAUAAACUUUGUUUCUUUUUUUCUAUAAGGUUUAAAAGCUGUCAUCGUGAAAACAGAAAGUAUAAAGGUAUUGUUAAAUCAUUAUCUGUAUUUACAUUGAUCAAUUCAAAAUACAUCUUCAAAAUAUGUUUAUAAUGAAUAAAAUGAUUUGACAAAUCUAAAUUAUCCCACCUUAUAUGUGUGCUUGCAUAAAGAAAUAUGAUAAUGACAAUAGGAAAUACAAUAUAUCGGAAUAUCUUGUAAUGUAUGCACAUGUCUAUAUGGUGGCAAACCGAAUUCAUACACACAUAAAAGAUUGGCUUUAACAAUUGUUUGUUCACCUCAGAAAAUUUCUUUUUAGUUUUUUUUUGUUUUUCGCUAGUUGUGAAAAAUUGCGAUUUAAAAAUAGCAAGGGCGUUAUGUACAAAAUGCAGCAUUUUUAUAUGAUCUAACUUUUUAAUUCCCAAAAAUGAAAACAUAGGGAUAGAAUAGCUAACUUUGGCAACUACAGUAUGUGACAACUUAG